AUGGCAGUUCUGAUGGACCUACCCCAAGAACUCAUAUGCCAGGUAUUCGAAUCCGCUACCUUCAGCGACCCACCCCGUCGUAGAGAACCGAAUACCGUAUACGCCGAGGACAGCUUUAUGGGGACGAAGGCGCUGCGAUACACGCUCGGCUGGGUUUUGUUGACACACGUCAACCGCCCUCUGCGCUUCCUGUCGUUCGAUAUGGCGCAUUUAUGGGCAUCAGUCGUCACUGCGAUUCCCUAUCCCGACGUCGUGGAGGAGUUCCUGUGCCGCGCACGGGAUGUCAAUAUGACGCUACAUGUAUAUGACCGCCAUCCGCUUCGCAACCCGUUGCGUUUAACAGACCUGGAUAUGUUGGCGUGGGCGAAGUUACACGAGCACCGCAUCGAAACCAUAAUCUGUCACCCACCACACUACAUGAACAACCCUCGUGAAGGGCUGGAACUCUGGUUGAAGAACACGCCCCUUCCCCACCUUCGACGGAUCGUCUUUAUACCGGAUGCACCUUACAUGUCUCGCGAACUGGAGUCUAUACGCGCUUUCAAUCUCAGUGCGCCCCAGCUAUCGCACGCAGAAUAUUGGAAUACCCUGCAUUCGGCCGCGUCAACCCUGCAUAGCUUGCGCACGCUCAGGAUCACUAUAUCUCCAACCAUCCCGUUCUUGAGCGUGCUUUUGCUCGUGAACACCCUCCGCGUCACGCCGAAACUAGAAGAACUCAACCUGCGCGUCGAGGUCGAGAUUCCCGCCAUGGGACACAACUAUCUCCCGUCACCCCACAUCGUGCCUUUACAGCUGCACCAUCUCAAGGUGUACGAUGUCACCAUGAAGGAGGAGCAGUUUGCCUACGGCCUUUGGGAAACCGUCGACGCCCCGAAUGUUCGGAGCGUCACCAUUCAUUGCAACCAACCGAACAUAGCCUCGCGACUUUCGAGGACCCCCAUGUUGCAACACUGUUCCAGGACGUCGUAUACUCACCUUGCUCUUGAACCACAUCAACUGGUUCUGUCGAGGCCGAACGCGAACAGUACAGAGCCCGAGGAGGUACUGCGGUUAUCGAGCGUACACAGCAUGGAGAAAGAGGCGUUCGGCGAAAUUUUCGAUGCGCUCCACGCGCUGGCAGCCACAACUCUCUCCCAUGUUCGUCAAUAUCAAUGGGAGUUACCAUUUGGACCUGUCUCAAGCGACAGGAGCGCCGAUGCACCAGACAGUAGACUCAUGAUGGACGCGCCUUUGAUCGGAUUCAUCACAGAGGUUAGGCGAAGGCUGGACCAGGACAGUAUGACUACUACGCUAUAA